AUGUGCUGCGUCAUCGUGUGCAGCGAGCUGCGGCCAGGCGACUUCCCGGUGCCCGAGCUGGAGCACCAGCAGGCAGUGACCCACUUCCUGCACCCCGCCGCCGUGCGGCUGUUCUGCUUUGUCAGCGGCAUGUGGUCGAGGAAGCCGCUGACCACCGGCGAGAAGUCCUUGCUCGUCCGACUGGGAGCUCCGCUGGUGUGCGGCUGCUGCUUUAUUCAGCCAUUGGACAAAUUAUUCCUCGGGCCCGACCAGUGGAUACCCAGCAGCAGACAGUCGGCCUUUGAGGACAUUUGCUCUGCCUGGAGUUCCCUUGUCGUGACAGUCGAGAGCGAGCCAUACUGGUACCUGCAGGCCCUGAUAGUCUGGAGAGUGCUGGCGCACCUCGUCUCCACGUACAGGGUCAGCGCGAGAUUAGUCAUCGCCGGUGCCCUCGCGGUCCUGGGCGGCACGGCGGUCCCCGAGAAUGCGCCGUUCGCGCUGGGGCAGGCCAUGGUGCUGUUCCCAGUGUACAUGUUCGGGCAGGUCUUCCCUACCAACCUGGUGUUGUCGCUGCUCCCGUGGUCGCAGGGUUCGGCGCUCCUCGCUUGCGUGGUGUUGCUUGAGGUGUACUCCCUUGAGUCGUACUCAUUCUUCGCGCUGUUCCUCACCAGCGUGCCGGAUUUCCACUGGCCAGCCGUGAAGUAUUGCAGUCAGAAGGAUCUGCUCAGCUUCUGGCUCCUGGGCCUCUUCCGACUCACCUGGGACAUGUCCAAGGGCCUGCUGGUGCUCGUGUUCAUCUGCCCGCGCGGCCGCGGCCUCCUGUCGGAGCUGGGGAGGAACUCGCUGUACGCCCUUCUCUUGCACAGGCCCCUUGUCAGGCUGACUGUCAAGCUUCUGUGCGCCCUCGGGGUGCCGCAGAGCAUCGCGGACACCGUCGAGGAAGACGACCGCAGCUGGACGGGCGUCUUCGUAAACGGAGUCGCGUGGUUCGCCGUCAUAACCUACGCCGUGCUGCUGAACGCCGCCGUCUCCGCGCCUCGUGUCCGCGAGGUGGGCAAGGUCUUCGUCGAACCGAGCUGGCUGGACGCCUGGCUGAGGGAGCCGCCCUGCAGCGAGGACGAGCACGACCCUGAUGACGAGGACGUGACCCUCCUGGACUGCGACGGCGACGUCGGCGACGGCCUCUGA